UUCGCACUCGAACGGAUUUUAGGUCUAACGGGUGUUCUAUUCACAUUAUUGAUAACGGGUGUUUUUAAUGUUACUACUAUCUUACAAAUCUUUGCAAACUCAUAAGAAAUAAUGGUGUAUGGGCGACUAAUGCCCAACCAGCCAUAAAAGAAGAAGAAGAAGAAGUAUUAUUUUGAUUAUUUCGAAAACAAACGAGAAAAAAGUUUUCAUCAAGAUCUUCUGCAAAUCUCUUUGUUUUGCAAUUGGUUGAUUUUAUUAUAAAAUACACAACUCCGCAAUAUUGACGAACUCUUACUCAUAUAUAACAAUAAGGUUUCUAUCCAUAAAAAAUUUUGUGGAGACAUCAAGGGAGGGAGAGAGAGAGAGAUUUAUUUAUUUAUUUAUUGUAAAAAGUAAACAUUUGAGUUUGAUCAAUCUUGUAAAAUAUGGCGCAUUACAAAGGAGCAGCAAGCGAAGCUGGCCGAGCUAUGCAGUUAAUGAAGAAGAGAGAAAUUGCCCAGCAAGAAAUAGAAUUACGAAAGAAAAAAAUUGAAGAUGAUUUAAAGAUUCAUAAUAUAGAGAAUAAGUUUGCAACUCAUUAUAAUGCCGUUGAGCAACAAUUGAAGACUUCCACGAUUGGAUUAGUUACAUUGAACGAGAUGAAAGCCAAGCAGGAAAAUAUAGUAAAAGAACGUGAAAGAAAACUUGCUCAAAAAGAACGAGAAAAAGAACAGGAAAAGGAAAGAGCACUAGCAGCAAAACAAGCGGAAAAAAAUAAACAAAAAAGACAAAUUCAAGCUUUAUCCUUUAACUUAGACGAAGAAGAGGAAGCCGAAAUCUCGGAUGAUGACAGUACAGAAAAAUCUGCAAAAUCGGAAAAUAUCCAAUGCAAUGAGCCUGUUAUUAAAAAAAUCAAGAAAAAUCCAGAUGUAGAUACAAGUUUUUUACCAGAUAGAGAAAGGGAAGAGGAAGAAAAUAAACUUAGGGAAGAAUUGAGACAAGAAUGGGCUAGAAAACAGAAUGCACUGAAAGAAGAAGAGAUUGAAAUCACAUUCAGCUAUUGGGAUGGAUCUGGUCAUCGUCGAAGUGUUAUAAUGAAGAAAGGCAAUUCUAUUUAUCAGCUUCUUCAGAGGUGUUUAGAAGUUUUGAGGCGUGAAUUUAGCGAGCUUAAAACAGUGAUGGCAGAUCAAUUAAUGUAUGUCAAAGAAGAUCUUAUUUUGCCACAUCAUUACACAUUCUACGAUUUUAUUGUAACUAAGGCACGAGGGAAGAGUGGGCCUUUGUUCACAUUUGACGUUCACGAUGAUAUUCGAGUUAUGCAUGAUGCUUCUGUUGAAACCGAGGAGUCACAUGCUGGAAAAGUAUUACUUAGAUCAUGGUACGAGAGAAAUAAACAUAUUUUUCCAGCGAGUAGAUGGGAACCUUUUGACCCAACAAAAAGUUAUGACAAAUACACAGUAUCGGAUAAAAAUAAAAAGAAAGAUAAAAUGUGAUAAGCUUUUUUCAACAUAUUGUUUAACAUAAAACAAGAACAAUAUUUGUCAUAUUUUGUUGCAUUUAAGAAUCUGAAUGCUCAAGUGAAUAUCUAUACAAUUUACAAUUGUGUCAAGAUGGAUAUCUUCCUUUUAUUAGGCUAAUGAUUCGUUUUAACACUGUAAAAUAUAUGUAUAUAUUUGUAGUAAUGUACUUUUACUUACUUUGAUUUUGCAAUUGAUUUAUUUAUUUAUCUAUAUAAUAUCUUAUAAGAUAUAAGAUGUGAAGAGAAAGUUUAACAACAGAAAAAAACAAACAAAUAUUUUAAUCAUCUGAAUAUGAUUAUAUAAUCAACAGGAAAAUAUAAGACAGUAUUUCAAUCUGUUUAACAAAAGUCAGAAAGAGUAUAAUGUUAAUCUAUGAUAGACAUUGUCGAGAAAUCUAUUUACAAUUAGAUGCGUCGUUGUCUUAAAGAUAAUUAUAUAACAACAUAAAUAUAAAUGCGAUAAAUAAAGGUAAAAUGCGAUUAUAUCGAUAAUAAUCAUGUACUAUUUGCAGGCUUGAUACAAGCCGGGUCCAUGUACGUAAUACUUUCGGGAAAGUGAUCCAUUAUAAUGAACUUUUUCUCA